AUGUCACAACAAGACGCGGUCACUACAAAAACGCUCUCAGGAGCUUCAGAUGACGACAAGGAGGCCCCAAAGGAAAUUCCCAAACAGAAUCAAAGGGGCCCGAGAUUCUGGGCCAUCUUGUUCGUCCUCGCCUUGACCAGCCUCCUGACAGCCAUGGAAGCCACAAUCACCUCCACGGUCUUACCAGUCAUCAUCGCCGAUCUGGGCGGCGGCGAUAAUUACAUCUGGGUCGCUAAUGGAUAUUUCUUGACCAUGGCGUCUCUUCAACCAAUGUUCGGACAAGUCGCAAACGUAUUCGGCCGCCGGUGGCCCCUAAUUGUGGCAACGGUCGCCUUCUUAAUUGGAAGCGGUAUAUGUGGCGGAUCCACCAACAUGGCCAUGAUGAUCAGCGGUCGUGUCUUGCAGGGCUUUGGAGGCUCUGGCAUCAGUGUUCUAGUCGAGACGGUUGUCUGCGACUUAGUUCCCCUCAGGGAGAGAGGGAAUUACAUGGCCCUGGUGUUUGGCAUGAUCUCUGUGGGAACCGCACUCGGUCCUUUGUUUGGGGGGCUCAUUGUCAGCUACAGCACCUGGCGCUGGGCUUUCUAUAUGGCCUUGCCCAUCGGGGGUCCGUCACUAGUGCUGCUGGUUAUGUUUUUGCAUGUUAAUUACGACAAGUCGAAUACUCUGGCGACCAAACUGGGGAACCUCGAUUGGCUGGGCAAUAUUGUCUUCAUUGGAGCUUCAAGCUCUGUUCUGAUUGCUAUUAACUGGGCGGGUGGCCAGUACUCAUGGUCCUCGUUUCACGUUAUCGUGCCUCUUGUUCUUGGCAUGGUUGCGCUUGUGGGCUUCAUCGUGCUCGAGGGCUCUCGGUUUGUCGCGAACGCGAUGAUGCCGCUUCACCUCUUCGCCAACCGAACCUCAGCUGCCACUUUCGCCCUCACUUUUCUCCACGGUCUCAUCACGAUGUGGUCUUUUUAUUUCCUCCCGGUCUACUUUCAGGGCGUGCUUAGUGCGACACCAUACCGGUCGGGCAUUAUGCUUUUGCCGACUAUCCUCGCCUUGGUACCUUUCGCCAUCAUCGGAGGGUUGUUGCUCACCAGGUUCGGCCGAUACAAGCCAAUACUAAUCACCGCAUUCGCUCUCGUGGUCGUUGGAUUCGGCAUGUUCUCAAUGCUGGACCAGAACUCGAGCGUGGGUGCCUGGGUUGGGUUCCAGAUCAUCGAGUCUGCCGGCGCCGGCCUGGCCAUACCCACCCUGCUCCCUGCUCUACUAGCGCCAUUGACAGACAAGGAUACGGCACUCGCGGCGGGCACCUGGGCCUUCAUGCGCAGCUUCGGCGUGACUUGGGGUGUCGCCAUCGCUGGCGCCAUCUUCAGCAAUCGAGCCGAACAGUUGGCGAACUCUGGUGCCAUAACAAACGCGACGGUGGCAGCGGAGUUCAUGGACGGCGGUGCUUACCAGAGCGCCACGGCUAAUUUCCUUAACUCUCUUUCGGCAGAGACACGCGCCCAGAUUACCGCGGUGCAAAAUAGCAGCUUACAACGAUCAUGGCAAGUUGCUAUCGCCUUUGCCGCUACGGGCUUCCUCGUUGCUGCUCUCCUCAAGGAGGUGCCGCUUAGAAAAGAGCUCGAGAGUGAAUUCGGCAUGACGGAGAAGACGAACGAGAACGGCCCGGCGGCCGUGCCGUGA